AUGGCCUCCAUCGCUAACAUUCGCGCCUUCCAGGCUGUUCGCGGCUACUCCACUGCCGCCAACGUCAAGAUCCCCCUUGUCCUGCACGGCAUUGAUGGUCGCUACGCCACUGCCUUGUACACCGCAGCUGCCAAGAAGUCUGCUUUGGACGUCGUCGAUACCGACUUGAAGCAGGUCAAGACCCUUGUCGAGAAGGAUGAGAAGCUCCGCGAGUACUUGGAGAACCCCACCAUCAACAAGAUCGAGAAGAAGAAGGGCAUCCAGCAGGUGUUGUCUGUCGGCAAGUACAACGAGCUGACCAAGAACUUUUUCGACACCUUGGCCGAGAACGGACGCCUCUACGAUACCGUAAAGAUCAUCAACUCUUACGGUUCCUUGAUGAGCGCCGGUCGCGGCGAGAUCCAGGUCACCAUCACCUCUGCCAAGCCCUUGGAGAACAAGGAUGUCGAGAAGGUCAAGGGUUACUUGCAGAAGUCCUCCUUCGUUACCGCCAAGCAGACCCUCAUCGUCGCCAACAAGGUCAACCCCGCCAUCCUCGGAGGUUUGGUCGUCGAGUUCGGUGACAAGACCAUCGAUCUCUCGGUCUCGUCCAAGGUCAACAAGCUCAACCACCUCCUCACCGAGACCAUUUAA